CCUUUAUUCCUGGGCACCGGCACUUCCCUGAACCUCCAUUUCUGGGCACCGGGACCCCCCUGCACCCUCUUUCCCGCACCGGGACCGGAUGUCCCAUCCCACCUCUCCUAGUCCCUACACCCUCCUUUCCUUGGCCCUGGGAUCCCCAAAUCCCCUUCCUGGCUCUCCCAGCUCUCUCAGGUCCCUCUUUCCUUGACCCAUGGACGCCCCGAAACCCCCCAAAUCUCCGUGUCCCCCCAGUUCUCCACUCCCUGCGUUACCUGUCCGUGGCGGUGACGGAGCCCAGCCCAGGGAUCCCUCAAUACCUGUCCAUGGGAUACGUGGAUGGGAUCCCCAUCACGCGCUACGACAGCGAGCGGGGCCAGGCAGAGCCACUGACACCGUGGAUGGCGGCCGGAGCCGAGCCGGGAUAUUGGGAUGAAGUGACCCAGAUCUACAAGAGGAGCCGGCUCGUGGCUGCCGACAACCUGGAGACAGUGAGGGACCGUUACAACCAGAGUGGGGGUCUCCACACGUGGCAGCGGCUUUAUGGCUGUGACCUCCUGUCCGACGGGAGCGUCCGUGGAUCCGAUCGGUUCAGCUUUGACGGGCGGGAUUUCAUCUCCUUCGAGCUGGGAUCCGGGAGCUUCGUGGCGGCCGAUGGAGCUGCCCAGAUCACCAAGAGGAAAUGGGAACACGAUGGGAUCGUGGUGGAGAGACUGACACAUUACCUAGAGAACACCUGUCCAGAAGCGCUCCGGAGAUUUGUUGGAUACGGGCGGGAGGCGCUGGAGUGCAAAGAGCCCCCCGAUGUCCAUGUGUCCGGGAAAGAGGAACACGGGAUC